CGUAUCAGAAGAGGACGAAGUUGCGAAACUCCCGAGAAAGGAGGGAGCUACUCUGCAAGCCUGCUGAAAGAGGAGAGCUAAAAAACAAAAAACCGAAAAAUAACCUUAAAAAAACCGUAAACGCCAAUCCUCCAAAAAUCUACGUGUACUGGAAGACUUUUUUGUAACGCUGAUAAUUUAUUAUAUGUGAAGAAAGUAUUUAUACUUUUUUUUCCUAUUUGCACUAACUAACGGUACUUCAGAACUACUGAGAAUCUUUAUUUUUUACAAAAAAGAAAAAAUAUCACAUCCUGUGGAAGGACACCACUUACACAAAACCAGCACUUCUGAUUUUGAUUGUUUUUUUUUCCCCAACCUGUUUCAUCCAAGUUCUGGUUACUUUUGCCAUCCCGACUGGAGAGAGCAGCUGUGCUGCCAAACACGGAUAAACAAAGCAGACCCAGUGGAUACGUUCAAGGUCAGACACAAAUAAUCUUGUUGCAUCGGGUAAACUUCAGCAGUUAGCUAUGCAGCUUGAAAUCCAAGUAGCCCUCAACUUCAUCAUCUCAUACCUGUAUAACAAGCUGCCCAGGCGGCGAGUCAACAUUUUUGGCGAGGAGCUGGAGCGGCAGCUGAAGCAGAAAUAUGAAGGACACUGGUACCCGGACAAGCCAUACAAAGGUUCAGGAUUCAGAUGCAUCCACGUUGGGGAGAAGGUUGACCCCGUGGUGGAGAAGGCAGCCAAAGAGAGUGGGCUGGACAUUGAAGAUGUCCGCAACAACCUUCCCCAGGACCUCAGUGUGUGGAUUGACCCCUAUGAGGUGUCCUACCAGAUUGGGGAGAAGGGGCCCGUCAAAGUGUUGUACGUCGACGACAGCAACGAAAGUGGAAGUAGCAAUGUGGGACUUGAUUUGGACAAAGAGAUCAAGAACAGUUUCAAUCCAGACGCGCAGGUCUUCAUGCCCAUCAAUGAGCCUGUGAAUGGCGCCUCCCCGGGUUCCAGCUCGCCCUCCCCACCCUUUGGCCACUCGGCAGCAGUAAGCCCCACCUUUAUGCCCCGCUCCACGCAGCCUUUAACCUUCACAACAGCCACCUUUGCUGCCACCAAGUUUGGCUCCACUAAGAUGAAGAGCAGUGGACGCAACAAUGGCGGCAGUGGUGCUGGGAACAAGGUGGCACGUACCUCUCCCACCAACCUGGGCCUGAAUGUGAACAGUCUCCUGAAACAGAAAGCCAUCUCCACCUCCAUGCACUCUCUGUACGGGUUAGGCCUCGGCGCGCCGCAGCAGCAGCACCAGAAGCCCUCGGCACUCUCCCCCAAUGCCAAGGAAUUUGUGUUCCCCAGCCUGCAGGGCCAGGGCAGCCAGAGUGCUCUUUUCCCCAGCGACAGCUCGCUCAGCCUCAGCCCGCUGCAGUACAGCAAUGCCUUUGAUAUGUUUGCGGCCUACGGUGGCCUUAAUGACAAGUCGCUUAUGGAUGGCUUGAAUUUCAGCUUGAGCAACAUGCAGUAUUCUAACCAGCAAUUCCAGCCAGUUAUGGCCAACUAGUACACGUGAAGGUACUACUUAAGCUACUACUUCAUACAGAAACGACCAGAGAUAAUGUGAUGGGGGGAAACAAACACAAAUGCACAUUUCAAAACAGAAAUAAAAAAAAUAAAAUAAA